AUGGACUCCAUCUCUGUUGAUGUGGGACAAUUGAAGAAGGGCGAGGUUAGCCUUGGUACCUCAAUUAUGGCAGUGAAGUUCAAAGACGGUGUUAUUUUGGGUGCAGACAGUAGAACCACCACGGGUUCUUACAUUGCCAACAGAGUGACAGACAAAUUGACACAGAUUCACGAUAAGAUAUGGUGCUGUCGGUCUGGAUCGGCAGCAGAUACUCAGGCAGUCGCGGAUAUAGUGAAAUAUCACUUGGAGAUGUACAAGGCAAAUAACGGAAGACCUCCAACAACCAAGAUCGCCGCCUCGCUGUUCCAAGAACUGUGUUACGCAAAUAAAGAGAUGCUUACUGCAGGUAUCAUUUGUGCAGGCUACGAUGAGAAAAACGGUGGUCAGGUUUACAGUAUUCCACUAGGAGGGUCGCUACACAAGCACGAGUACGCAAUUGCUGGUUCUGGUUCGGCCUUCAUCUACGGUUAUUGCAAGAAGAAUUUCAAGCAAGACAUGACUAAAGAUGAGACGGUAUCAUUUGUCAAGACGUCACUCUCGCAAGCCAUCAGAUGGGAUGGAUCCUCUGGUGGUGUGAUUCGUCUGGUGGUGCUAACAAAGGAUGGAAUCGAACGACUAAUCUUCUAUCCUCACGAGUAUAUAGAUGCAUAG